GCGCCUCCGGCGCCGCGGGCUCCGCGGACAUGGCCGCGGCGGUGGCGGUGGCGGCUGCGUCCCGGCGACAGUCGUGCUACCUGUGUGACCUGCCCCGCAUGCCGUGGGCCAUGAUCUGGGACUUCACCGAGCCCGUCUGCCGCGGCUGCGUAAACUACGAGGGCGCCGACCGCGUCGAGUUCGUCAUCGAGACGGCGCGGCAGCUCAAGCGGGCGCACGGCUGCUUCCCGGAGGGCCGCUCCCCGCCCGGCGCCGCGGCGCCCUCAGCCGCCAAGCCGCCGCCGCUCUCGGCCAAGGACCUCCUCCUGCAGCAGCAGCAGCAGCUCGGCCACGCCGGCCCCGAGGCGGCCCCCCGCGCGCCGCAGGCCCUGGAGCGCUACCCGCUGGCCGCUGCGGCCGAGCGCGCCCCGCGCCUGGGCUCCGAUUUCGGCAGCCGCGCAGCCGCCAGCCUGGCCCAGCCGCCGACGCCGCAGCCUCCGCCCGUGAACGGCAUCCUGGUGCCCAACGGUUUCUCCAAGCUGGAGGAGCCCCCUGAGUUGAACCGCCAGAGCCCGAACCCGCGGCGUGGCCAUGCUGUGCCGCCCACCCUGGUGCCGCUCAUGAACGGCUCCGCAGCGCCACUGCCCGCCGCGCUGGGCCUCAGCGGCCGGGCCGCCGCCUCACUGGCCGCUGUGUCCGGGGCCGCGGCCGCGGGCCUGGGCUCCGCGCAACCUGCCGAGCUGGGCGCCCACAAGCGGCCCGCGUCCGUGUCUAGCAGCGCGGCCGCGGAGCACGAGCCCCGCGAGGCGGCAGCCAAGGAGAAGCCGCCGCCGCCGCCCGCUCACCGUGGCCCGGCCGACAGCCUGUCGAGCACGGCGGGCGCCGCCGAGCUGGGCGCCGAGGGCGCGGGCAAAGGCCGCGGACCCGGAGAGCAGGACUGGGUCAACAGGCCCAAGACCGUGCGCGACACGCUGCUGGCGCUGCACCAGCACAGCCACUCUGGGCCCUUCGAGAGCAAGUUCAAGAAGGAACCGGCCCUGACUGCAGGCAGGUUGUUGGGUUUCGAGGCCAACGGGGCCAACGGGUCUAAAGCAGUUGCAAGAACAGCAAGGAAAAGAAAGCCUUCUCCAGAACCAGAAGGUGAAGUUGGGCCCCCUAAGAUCAAUGGAGAGGCCCAGCCAUGGCUGUCCACUUCCACCGAAGGGCUCAAGAUCCCCAUGACCCCUACAUCCUCUUUUGUAUCUCCACCACCACCCACUGCCUCACCUCAUUCCAACCGGACCACACCGCCUGAAGCGGCCCAGAAUGGCCAGUCCCCCAUGGCAGCCCUAAUCUUAGUAGCAGACAAUGCAGGGGGCAGUCAUGCCUCGAAAGAUGCCAACCAGGUCCACUCCACCACCAGGAGGAAUAGCAGCAGUCCACCCUCCCCGUCCUCUAUGAACCAAAGAAGGCUCGGCCCCCGAGAGGUGGGAGGCCAGGGGGCAGGCGGCACAGGAGGACUGGAGCCCGUGCACCCUGCCAGCCUCCCGGACUCCUCUCUGGCAGCCAGCGCCCCCCUGUGCUGCACCCUCUGCCACGAGCGGCUGGAGGACACCCACUUUGUGCAGUGCCCUUCAGUCCCUUCUCACAAGUUCUGCUUCCCUUGUUCCAGACAGAGCAUCAAACAGCAGGGAGCUAGUGGAGAGGUCUAUUGUCCCAGUGGGGAGAAAUGCCCUCUGGUGGGCUCCAAUGUUCCCUGGGCCUUUAUGCAGGGGGAAAUUGCAACCAUCCUUGCUGGAGAUGUGAAAGUGAAAAAGGAGAGAGACUCAUGACUUUCCGGUUUCAGAAAAACCCAGUGGUUAUCCUUAACUAAAACUGCUUGAAUUGUAUAUAUAUCUCCAUAUAUAUAUAUCCAAGACAAGGGAAAUGUAGACUUCAUACACAUGGCUGUAUAAUUUUGAUUUUUUUUUGAAUACAUUGUGUUUCUAUAUUUUUUUGACGACAAAAGGUAUGUACUUAUAAAGGCAUUUUCUUCUUUUGUUAACGUUAUUAGCAUAUCUUUGUGCUUUAUUAUCCUGGUGACAGUUACCGGUCCUCGUAGGCUGUGACUUGGCUGCUUUUUUAGAGCACUUGGCAAAUCAGAAAUGCUUCUAGCUGUAUUUGUAUGCACUUAUUUUAAAACGAAAAAAAAAAAAAAAGCCAAAUACAUUUUCUGACAUUGUAAGAUUGCCUUACUGUCUGUUAUUCCUUAUUGCUGGCCCCUUUCUCAGGCUGGAGGCCGCUUGGUGGAGAAGAAAAGGAAAUAAGUGAAAGGGGCAUUGUUGUCAAGUGGGCAUGCCACUGGGAAGUAUCUCCAAGUUUACCCCAAAACAUGUCCUCUCGGAGGGGCAGGAAGAUAGGUUUUGGAUUUCUGUUUUGUUCUUAAAGUUCAAUUUAAGACAUUGCCUGUCUGAGAGGUGCUGCUGAGAGAUUCUCAGCAUUGUGGGGCUUUUGGGGGGGGAUGUUUUUCUUGAGGCAAAGUUGACCGCUGUUCACUGUCCACGUGAUCAGUUGUAGGAGUACAGUGCCGCAUGCUAGUUGGUUACAUAAGACGCAGCUCCAGUGAUGGAGCAGCGUGGUGGGUGGUGGCGUGUGCAAGAUGGCACUGCCGUCUUUGAGCAGCCUGGCUGGCUCUGCAGCGCCACUUCAUCUGUUCAACACCCGAGAGCUGUGUGUCAUUGCUGUGGUCGUUUCCUCUGCAAGAGUUGCCAGAGAAGUUGCAGUCCAGGAGAACUUAGAGAUUGUGGGAUUGGUUGUGUUUUGUUUUUUUUUUAUCAUUUACCUGUAGUGCUGUUGCUGUCGAUACUGUCACACGUUUUUAGUGAGUGCUGAAUACAGUAUGGUACAAUGACAGUGAAGCCCGGGUCUGCCAGGACCGCCUGUGGGCAUAUCAGUGACGGCCCAACUGUGGGUGGAGGAAACCUGUAAUUUCCUUCUUACAUGUGUCUGAAAUACCAAGUGAAUAAUACUGUUCUGGAAAAAAAAAAAAAAAAGAUAAACUAAUGAAAAUUAAAGAAAUUGAGGGUUUUACAUAACAGGCAGGCCCCACCUCUCAAACAAUUUUUAGAAGUCUUUUGUAAGUUAAUCUUUUUUGAUCACUAUUUUGCAUCAGUAAAAUGAUUUUUUUAAACCAAUAAAUCAUCAGUUAUUAGAAAUAGUUGUCUCACAGCAUACUGGUUUUUCUUUUGUGCUGUUUUGAUUUAAUAUUGACAGGAACACUAUUUUAAAUCCUUAUGUUCAGGUGUUUGUAACUUGGCCUUAUAACUGGGCCGAAUCAUGGCUUCUAGGUCUACUGCAAUUUGUAUUAUUCACAACCUAGCUUCUGUUCUAAUUUGAAAAUAUAGAUUAUUACCAACUUUGGAUUUUUUUUUUAGUUGUGUUUGUCUUUUUUUGAAAUUGCUCAAAAUAUUUUUUAGUGGUCAAGUUACUAACACUUGAAAAUCAGAUACUGCACCAAAUACAGUAUUUUUUCAUGGUGAUUUUGAUGAGUGCACCCAUUGCUAGUGCUGUUUGAAUCCACGUCACAGUCAUUGUUGUGCUACAGUAAGGCUUGCAUGGUUAGUCCUUACACCUUUUUUUUUUUUUGGUGUAUCCAUGACUCAGAUCAGACUGGUCUCUAUUUAUGUGAAUGUACACAUGCAAAAAAGUCAGUUUUACAUGCCCGUAAAGACAUUUGUGAAGAAUUCAGCUACUAUGGUCUGUUGUAUAAAUAUGUUUCUAGGCACUUUAUUAUAAACUGGAAUUUGACCUCAUAGAUGUUACAACCUGAUCAGUCAUUUGACCUAAUUUGUGGUGGCUAUCUGUGUGUUUUGCAACCUUAAUGCAGAUAAGCUCUCCAACAAGACUGAUGAAGAACCAUCCUGCUGUAGUGGAGAAGUCUCUCCAGCUGUGGAAGAGGCAGCCUGGGCUGGUGGUGGAGGGGGGGGAGACUAACCCGCUUAAAAGGGCUGCAGAGCUUCCCACUAUUAUAACACAGGCUCUGCUGGAGCCUGGCUCCUCUCCUCGGAGGCCUUUGAGGAGGCUUGCAGCUGGAGUGCUGAUCUGGGUUUUUUUCCUGGUGUCCCCAAGUUAAAAGUGAACACUGGGACAUGGGUUUGAUCUUUUGUUGUACCUGAUGACAGUGUAGAGAUUCUCCACAGCUGGAGAGAAAUGUCAGAAAGCUACUUACUGUACGUGGGCAGUAUCAGAUUUCAAAUCCUAAUAUUUCAGCUAUGCUUUUAAUACUCAGAAUACUAGGGGAUAGGGUGUUGAAGCUUCCCCCUUCUUUUUUCGUUAACAGUUUAUAGAAUUUAACAGAUGUACUGUCUUUCAUGUGGCCUCACAUUUGAAGUUAUGAGAACAUACACAUGGUUUACAACUUUAUUACUAUAUACCUUUCCUUGGCCACCAAGUAUUUUAAAAGUGUGCCACCUUUUAACCUUUACUUUUUUUUAAGUUGAAGGUGAUACUUUUUCUAUAUAUGAUGCAAUUCAUGUCAACUGAAGUAAGUGUAAUCUCAGAUAUCAUUAUAUUUUAAAAUCACGCUAUGGAAAUAUCACCUGCAUUCUGUCAUUUGUCAGAUUUACAGUAUCUUUUUUUUUUCUUUUAACUUUUAGCAUUAAAUAAAAAAAAAAAUAAAAUCGGGAGCACUGAA